CAGUCAUGGGAUGUGGCGUCUCAAAGUCCAGCCAGUUCAACAAAAACUCAAGGAAAGCCGUCACAACCAUCAGAGCUGCUAUCCUGAUUCAACGAUGGUACCGUCAGUACGUCGCCCGCACAGAGAUGAGACGGAGAUAUACCUGGCACAUCUUCCAGUCCAUCGAAUACUCCGGAGAACAGGCCCAGAUCAAGCUUUAUAAUUUCCUCGGCUACCUCAUGGACAACUUCACUCCAUCCAACAGUGAACGAAAUCUGAUCUCGCACAUAUUCCGAGAGCAUGAAGUCUGUUUGGAUGCAGAAUGGGAGAGGUACUUCUGCUACAAGAACAUCGAGGUGCCGGAGGUGUACUCAGGGCCUCAUCUCACCUUUCCUCUGACGGUGGAGCAGGCAGUCGGACUGUUGGAGGCCUUCAGGAGCAAGAAACAGCUGCACUCGCGCUACGUCCUCCAGCUGCUCCUGGAGGCGUGGAAGCUGCUCCGGAUGUUUCCCAACAUCAACCGCAUCUCCACCUGCCAAAGCAAAGAAAUCACAGUCUGCGGUGAUUUGCACGGACAGCUGGAGGACCUGCUGCUGAUCUUCUACAAGAAUGGCGUGCCAUCUCUGGAGAGGCCUUACGUGUUCAAUGGAGAUUUUGUGGACCGAGGCAAAGACUCCAUUGAGAUCCUCCUCAUCCUGUUCUCGUUCCUGCUCGUCUACCCGUGUGACGUCUACCUGAACAGAGGCAACCACGAGGACCAUUUAAUCAACCUGAGGUACGGCUUCACGAAGGAGGUGCUGACUAAAUACAAGAUUCAUGGCAAGCGGAUCUUGAAGCUGCUGCAGAAGAUUUUCAGCUGGUUGCCGUUGGCGACCGUGAUCGAUCAGAAGGUGUUGGUCCUCCAUGGAGGCAUCUCCGACACCACGGACCUUAGUGUCCUGGCCAGAGUGGACAGACACAGCUACAUCUCAGCGUUGAGGCCUCCAAAGAAGAAGAACAGCAGCUCGACGGGGAUGUCUAUUGACGGCGAUUUGGAGGACGAUGUUUGGAGCACCAGUAGGGUCUACCAGCGUCGAGCCUCCCUCUCGUAUCCCAAACCCCUGGGAGCGCGGGAUUGCUUCCAGAACCGCUCGCUGCAGGACUUCUCUGGACGCAUCAAAGUGAAGAUGGAGGACAAGCUGGACAGCAACAAGAGGAGAGACUCCCUGCUCCAAACUGCAGUCAACAGGACCGAAAAAGACUCGUCCACGUCCACGGACUCCAUCAGCAGCGACAACGCCAAGGAGGAGUGGAGACUGAUUCUGGACCUGCUGUGGAGCGACCCGAUGAACCAGGACGGCUGCGUGCCCAACGAGGUGAGGGGUGGUGGUUGUUACUGGGGGCCCGACGUCACCGAGGAGUUCCUGAACCGACACAACAUGCAGCUCAUCAUCCGCUCCCACGAGUGCAAACAGGAGGGUUACGAGUUCUGCCACAACCGGAAGGUUCUCACUCUGUUCUCGGCCUCCAAUUAUUACGAUGUUGGAAGCAACCGGGGGGCCUACGUGAAGGUGGGCCCGGACCUCGUGCCUUAUGUGAUCCAGUACCAGGCCACCAGCUUGACCAGAGAGCUCACCGCCAGACAGAGUAUUGGGCGAACUGAGCGCUCAGCCCUGAAAGUCCUGCGGGAGCAGCUGUUUGCGCACAAGUCUGACCUCAUCUGUGCCUUUAAAAAGCUCGACCCAAAGAACACAGGUUUGGUGUCUCUGAACGACUGGGUCUCUGCGGUGGAAAGCGUCAUGCACCUGAAUCUGCCCUGGAGGACUCUUUUCUGUCAGCUGGUCUCCUCCAAGUCCAGCAUGAUCGACUACCACGACUGGUUCAACGAGCUCUCCAUCAAGGGGCUCAACGCCGACCACAUUGAGCAGAGUCUGCUGGAAACUUUGUACCGCCACCGCUCCACUGUGGAGACCAUCUUCAGGAUCAUAGACGCCGACAACUCAGGCUUCAUCACGGUGGAGGACUUCCGGAAGACGUGGAAGCUCCUGAGCGUCUACCUGAAAAUGGAAAUCACAGACGAGGACAUCUCCAGCCUGGCCGUCACCAUCGACAGCAACCAUGACGGCAGCAUCGACAUUGACGAGUUCAUGGAGGCCUUCCGGCUGACGGACAAGAAGAGCCGCCUGGAGCGGGGGCGCAGCAUGUUCAUGGUCACGACGUCCGACCUGACCAAGCUGGAGGGCAACCCUGACGUCUGAGCGGAGGGAGGGCCGUGAUUGAAAACGGACGCCUCGGCUGGAGGUGGAGCCACAGUCGACGCGAGCUGCUCUGAUGACGCACAAGAAGACGCAGGAUGCUGCUGAGCAACAGCUGGGUGGAUCAGGAGGGAUUAUGUAGAGGUCAGAGGUCAUGGUGUUUGACGGCGAACAAUGAGCAGCAGAGUUACUGACGGAGGAAGAGCCGUAAAACUCAAGAGAUGCAAUUAACUGUUCUUUUUGUUCUUUAAAACUAACUUUUUUUUUUUUUUUUACUGGUUGUUGUAUUUUAAGAAAAAAAAGUUUAGUUGUGAUAUGAAAAACUCUUUUCGGUAAAGCGACACCUGCAUGUUGCCUCAAGAUGUUAAAAAAAACAACCUCAAACUGAUCAAUAAUUCAAUUUAUACACAAACAAUGCAAAUAAAAGUAAAUAAAUAAAUACUGUGCACCUGAGAAAAUGUG